AUGACGAAAGCCUGGAAGGAGUACCGUGACACCAUCACGAGGCUCUACAUCACGGAGUCCCGGACUCUGGAGGAAGUCAAGGAUAUCAUGCAGAGGGAGCAUAGCUUCAAGGCAUCAACUAGGUCGUACCGCCAGCAGUUCGACAAGUGGCAACUGGGGAAAUACAACUGCAAGAAACGCAACGUCCGCCGCCUGUCCCAGCAGAGCGGGAUCCAGAUAGAGGCAAGCCCGACCCUCAUCGGCCUCGGCUCUCCAGACGACGGCAGCGGCCCCAACAGCCCGUCACACAGUCUCGCGAGCAUGAGCCCGGAGCUCGACCACGAGUCGUCGUACUACAGCCCCCAGGUCUCUGCCGGGAUCUCCAUGUACCAACAGGCCCACCACAGCUCGCAGCUGCCUGCGUGGGAGCAUCACCAGCCCGAGAGGACGUGGGGACAGGUCCCCGCCGCUUCUUCCAUGGGCCCGGGCCACCAGCAGACGGGAGGCUCUCACGGCCCGUCGCACUUCGACUUUGACGACAUCUUGAGGCAGACCGCGCAGCAGACGGGCCACGGCGCGGAGAUGCACUCGCCGCACCCCGUUCAUCCCCAGUCCUCGUACUCUGUCGUUCUCCGACCGGGUGAGCCACCGGUUCAGCAGAACGCCAGGAUCGCCCCUGAGUACCGGUACAAUCCAUAUCCGUAUCAGUCUGGCGCACGCUGCGGCUUUCGCAGGUGA